CUAACGUUGAUGUUAGUAAAGGUAAAGGGGUUACAAUUGAUCAAACUAGUAUCUAUAUAAGCUAUUUGAUCAAGGUUGGAUUCUUACCAAGUCCUACUGGUAAAGGUAAACAAUUACCAGAAGUUGAAUUAAGUGAAGAAACUUUGAAACUUAUUUCAUCCGGUGCUGGUGGACGUGGAUCAGCCGCCAAAUAAUCUUGUUACAUAGCUUAAAUAGAUCUUAUAAUGAAAAAAAAAAAUAUAGUUAUAAAGUAAAUACGCGUAGAACGGAAAAAAGUUAAAAAAAUGAUUGAGGAUCUUAGAACAUCUGGGGAACAAGGUAUCAACCUUAUUUGAUUUUCUUAUUCAGGGUCCAAUUACAACCAGAGGAAAAUGGAGUCUCCUCGACAAGCUGAAAUAGGACCUGGUUCACCGACGGCAAGCAAUACCCCGAGGAGUCAUAGUCAGAGCAAGAUAUUUACAUUGAAUUCGACCCAACCUCAAUUGCAAACCCAGUAUCAAAUGUCAACGUCAUCUAAUUCCCCAACCAAAGUAGCUAGGAAUAGUCAAAUACUAACAGGAAAUGGCGGGAGUCCAAACUUUGAGAAAAGGCGUAGUGUUAGUAGUGGUAACGGAGCACAAGAGAUUUUCUUGCAAUCACCAGCUACAACGCACGUUUGGAAUCGUCAAGAGGACACUUUGGAGAAAGAGCAUGACCAAGGUAUAGAAGAGGAUGGUUUCUUCAAAAAACAGGAUGGAGGGAGUCAGAUUGUAGAUAAGGAUAUGUUUCAAAAGAGGAGGAAUUCUGGAGUGAAAAUUUCGAAGACAUCAUCCGGUACUAAUUUGAUGAAUAAUGUUAACCAUCAAAGAAGACCGAGUUUGAUUGGAAGAUCAUCAUCGUCGAAUUCAAUAACGAAAUUGAAUCAUGCAUCUCCAAAGACCCCAAAAUUUGGAUUUAAUAAUUCGAGAUUUCAAGAAGUAUCAUCUAAAAACUCACUGAGUGGGAAUUUGAAUCAAAAUAGUGGAAUGUCUAAAGAUCGAAACCGACUUGUUGAGCAAUUCUAUAACAACUCCAUGAAUAAGAAUCCAAUUUUUGAUCUCGCCAAUGGGAGUGGAUAUUAUGACGAUACAUCUAAUCCUGGAACUCCCAAUAAUGAAAAAUGGAAUGAUGAUAAAGAGGAUGCCGAUAACGUAAUGGGGUAUCCGAAUAAGUCAACGAGUCAAUCACCGAAUAAUGAAAGGAACAAUCAGUACGACGAACGAUAUUUUGAGAACAUGGUAACCAAGGGAGGGUUUAAUUACGAUUAUAUGGAUAAACAUAUUAAGAAUGAUGUUGAAUUAACUGACUAUCUCUUGAAUAUCGAUGUGAUUAUUGAGCAGAAACAGCAUCAGCAUCCACAACAACAUUCAAGGGAAGAGCAAGAACUCGGUCCUUUGGUUGAUAUCUUGGACAAGGUUGUUCAAGAUAUGAACGAUCAAUUAAACGGACAAUUAUACCAGAGCAGAGAGCCCCCUUUACAAAUACGAGAUUUAAAUUUACUAAAAGAGUAUUUAAAUAAGAUGAAAGCGGGCAUUAAUGAAUUAUUCGAAUACUUACAGGCCAAUAAAGAAGCCAUCAAACAAAAAUAUCAAGCCAGCAUUAAGGAAAAUGUACAUAAGCUAGAUGAAUUAACGGCAUCGUUAGAAAGCUUAGAAAAUCGAUUAAAUAAAGCCAAAGACUCAAUCAAUUUUAAUAAGUCCACUAUUUCCAAUGAAUUAUUAGAAAAAUUUAAUAUACUUGAAUAUAUUAAUGAUAGAUUUGACGAACACGCAAAGUUAACCAGAAAUCGCCGAUUCAAACAAUUAAAUAUCAGUUUGGCCAUCAUGGUUUUAUUAAUUGGAGUCUAUAUUGGAAUAUUUAGAUAGAUAGGAGACAUUAAGCAUUUUUUUUGACGACUUUUCAAUCUGGUUGAAUUCACAAUGGUUCAUUUCCAAUUCCCACCGGUGAAUCUGUAAAGUGAAAAUGUAAGUACAAAUAACGGCUCAUUAAACAUUAUUGAGUGGAAUUGGGUUGCCAGGU